AAAAUGCUAAAAAAUAAUUAAUGCCCAAACAUCAACUUUCCUUUUUCUUUAUUCAUCUUGAGUUGAAGAACAUAACUUUUUUUUCCUCUCAAUAUAAAUUUGUGAAAUUUUUUUCCUGACAAAUUUUUAUGGUUUGUUCUUAGAUUGGUCUCAAGUCAUUUUCGUAUAUUUACCAGAGAAAGUAACUCCAAGUUCAUGGCGGUUCUUGCAUUUUUUUUGACUACUCUACAGUGACUUUGUUGUGUUGGUGGAAUUGGUGGUUACUUGAUUAAUUUAUCAUCUGUGCUUGCUUGAAGUUGUUUGUGGUCUAGCAAAGAAGUAUGUUCUAGAAGACUGAAGUGAAGUCAUUUGGUCUUGGUUGAUGGAAGCUAAAAUCUCUCCUUCACUUCUGCAAUCUGAGUCAUAAUUUAGCGUGGCUGAGAUUUGGCAGGGGUUCCCAUAUUGUUUCUGUGGAACCCCAUUUGAUUCAAGCACCAAUCAAGGUGAGGCAUCAAUAAGUAAAAGGAGAGGCAAGUUUGGUAAAGAUGGAGUGUAAUAAAGAUGAAGCCAUGAGGGCAAAAGAUAUUGCUAUCAGGAAGUUUACAGAAAAAGAUUUUGCUGGCGCAAAGAAGUUUGCACUGAAGGCUCAGGCUUUAUAUAGUGGGCUUGAUGGCAUUGCACAGAUGAUAGCCACCCUAGAGGUAUAUUUGUCAGCUGAGAAUAAAAUAAAUGGAGAGAUGGAUAUGUAUGGCGUACUUGGUGUCACUCCACUAGCUGAUGACGAGACCAUAAAAAAGCAGUACAGAAGACUGUUACUUCAACUUCACCCUGAUAAAAAUAAGUUCGUUGGUGCUGACGGUGCUUUUCAGCUUGUGUCCGAAGCUUUUAAUUUCUUAUCUGACAAAGUUAAGAGAUCUGCAUACAAUAACCGGCGUAAUGUUAAAACAGCCCAGCAGAAGGCAGCAGGAUCUGCAGGCAGUCAGAAGUUUCCAACUCAUGUUGGAGUUUCAGUACCACCAUUCAGUACUGGCAGAGCUGCUGAUCAAAAGGUUCCAACUAAGAGAGGCGUUUUUGGUUCUAGCAGAACAGCUGAGCAAACUGUUAGGAACCAAUGCAGUAGUUCUUCCCAACAGAAGGUCCCUAAUCAAAGUGGGUGUUCAGCAGCCCCUUCUGGGGCUAAUGGUCAUUAUAAAAAUCCUAGUUCGAGCACUUCACGUGGGAAGGCAUCAAAGAAUAGCAAUCAAAAAGCUUCUCCAUCGCCUCAAUCAUUCUUUAAGAAAGAUGAUACAUUCUGGACCAUGUGCACUAGAUGCAAGAUGCAGUACGAGUAUAUGCGAGUUUAUCUGAAUCAGAUUCUUAAAUGCCCUCAUUGUCAAGUGGGGUUUGCGGCUGUAGAAGUCCCUCCACCUUCAAAUCUCUCCCCGCUUCGCCCUCAACAACAUAGAAAGCCUUCUUCAAUAUCCGGACCUAAAAUGUCCGGGUUUAAUAAUUCAUCUGGUGCUGCAAGUGCUCGUUGGAGCCCUAUGUUCGGAACAACAACUUAUAACAGCACGGUUCAAAAUAAUUCAUUUGGCGCUACAAGUGCUCAGAACUCCACUUCUGUUAAUGGUCAAGCUUCUCGUGAUCAACCUCUAACAUCCGAGAAAUUUAAGAAAGGAAAUGAGGCGGCCAAGGCAGAUGGUAAACGGGAGAGGAGUGAUGAUCCUGGCUUUGUCCUCAGCAGAGAGGACCCCUCAAAAAAGAGGAGGGAAAUGGAUGAUUGUGUCAAGAAUUCUGAGGGUGGCAUUCCAAGUCAAUCAGGGAUCAGAAACUGGGAAAACGGCAUGGGAUUCCCACCUGGGCGGAGCAUAGGGAAUUCAGAAGCAGGAAGAGCAAAUUUUUUCACAGGAUUCAGUUCAAAGUUUAACGAUGCCAACAGAGAAUUAUCAGGCAUGGAACUCAGAAAGAUGCUGUCUGAGAAAGCACUCGUGGAGAUACGCAAGAAAAUAAGAGAAUGGAAGUUGGCCAGAGAGGCCAGAACUGCUGCCAAAGAGAAAGAGAAGGCCAAACAAAAAGAGAGGCAAAAGUCAAAACUUGCCAAUGAUGUUGCCAUGCAGGAGCUGGGGAAUCAUACAAGAUCUCCUGCUGUUGAUGAUGCUGAGCAAGUGCCCGCUGAGAUGAUCACGAUGACUGUACCAGAUCCAGAUUUUCAUGUUUUUGAUUUGGACAGAUCAGAAAGUUGUUUUGGAGAAAAUCAGGUCUGGGCAGCAUAUGAUAAUGAUGAUGGAAUGCCCCGUUUCUAUGCUAUGAUCCAUGAGGUUGUCUCAUUGGAUCCAUUCAAGGUGAGGCUUAGUUGGCUGAACUCCAAAAGCAACAUCGAGUUUGGUUCUUUGGAUUGGGUAGGUCAUGGUUUCAUUAAAACUUGCGGGGAUUUCUGGGUUGGCAAGCGCAAAACAAACAAUUCACUGAAUUCCUUUUCUCACAAAGUAAGAUGGGUUAAAGGACCUCGCGGAGUUAUCCAGAUCUACCCAAAAAAAGGAGAGAUUUGGGCUGUAUACAAGAACUGGUCUCCCGAUUGGAACAAGGAUACCCCAGAAAACGUUGUACAUGCCUAUGACAUGGUGGAAGUGCUCGAUGACUACAAUGAAGACCAAGGUGUGCGUGUUGCCCCCCUUGUGAAAGCUGCUGGUUUCCUUGUUGUAUUUUCUAAGCAGCCUGACCUAAAGGAGGUAAUGCGGAUUCCAAAGGAGGAAAUGUUCAGAUUCUCUCACCAGGUUCCUAGCCAUGUACUCACAGGUGAAGAAGGCCCAAAUGCUCCGAAGGGUUACAUAGAACUAGACCCUGCUGCAACUCCAUCGGAUCUUCUUCAGCUAACCGAACCAGGUAUCAAGGAGCGCAAAAAAGAAGCAGGCUCAAUUGCUGAAUAGAUUGCGUGGUUAGUUUCCGUAGUUGAAAGGAAGCAGCAGUAUUUUGACUUGAAAUGUCGGUUAGAAUUUGCAAUGAAGGGCUGAACUUUUUUGUUCAAUUUAGUUGUUCUUUUUGGUUUCGGGGAAUUGGGGUAUAGGGCACACAGGAGAACUUCUUGGUUUUGCUCAUACAAACUGAGCAAAACCUUGAAGUUUGCUUCACAGUUUUUCUUUAGAAUAGUGGUUAUUUAGGGAGGGGGGUUAGUUGGUUAAUGUAGAAUCAUAGAUCAAACCUUUUUCGCCACAUCGGGUCAAGGAUAGCGGAUAUCCUCCAAACCUGCUUAUGUUUCUAGAACCUAACUGUACAUUAUUUUGCUGUAAAUCCAUGGAAGAUUGUUCUUUGGCCAUUGCUACA